AAAACACACACACACCACACACACACUCUCUCACACACACACACAGUACAAAGCAAAGAAUCCACCACACCUCUGUUAAGUAGGGGUUUCUUUCUUCAGCAGUCAUUUUCCAUCUUCUCCCACAGCAAUUAUAGAGUUCCCCAUAAGAGGGGGGGGAAUCAAAGGUUUGUAGAAAUUGAAUUUGUUGGGUGUAAUGGAGAACAGAAUCCCGGCCGGGAGUUACUUUCAGUACGCUCCAACAAACAUCCAUAGUCCAAUUCAGAGGUCUUCGUCUCUCACAGAUCGCGAAAGAUAUUUGGCUGAUCUAUUGGCAGAGAGACAAACGCUAGGACUGUUUAUGCAGAUUCUUCCAGUUUGCAGCAGACUUUUGAAUCAAGAAAUCAUGAGAGUAUCGGGAAUGCUUUCGAAUCAGAUUGCGGAACUUGAAAGAAUAGGGCACGAUAAUCCUUACAGGUCAAUGGGCCCACAGCCCAACGGAAGGCAGAUGAAUAUGAUGAGAUGGAAUCCGAUGCAAACUGAGGAAGAUAAGCUCAUCCAGAAAAUGGCUCCAUUUCAACAAUCGUCUUUAAACUGGAAUGUAGUCCCGGGUACACCUACUACCACUCCAGUUGUCAAAAGGGUACUCCGAUUAGAUGUUCCUGUCGAAAAAUACCCAAAUUUUAACUUUGUUGGCAGAAUUCUAGGACCACGUGGGAAUUCUUUGAAAAGGGUCGAAGCAAUGACGGAUUGUCGAAUAUAUAUACGGGGUCAAGGAUCCGUGAAAGAUUCCCUUAAGGAAGAGACUCUAAAAGAUAAACCGGGAUACGAGCACUUAAACGAGCCACUCCACAUCUUAGUGGAAGCCGAGUUUCCGGAAGAUGUAAUGGACGCCCGUUUGGAACACGCAAUCGCAAUACUCGAAAACCUCCUAAAACCCGUGGACGAAUCAAUGGACGUUACAAGAAGCAACAAGGCUGUUACUAUGUGUUAUAGCUGA